UCCCUGAUCUUCCUCUUCCCUAUCUCAUCUGUGUAUAUCAUCUACCUUCUCUCUUCUCAUAAGGCCUCUCAAGUGUCUUCUCUCUCCGUCCCUCUUUUCUUUUUUUGAUCUACACGGUUCAACCAGUCAUUGAACCUUAAGAGUCCUGAGGCCUCACCUCUCUCUCUCAUCUUCAUACUUGAAUAUCCUUCUCUCCUUCGCAACUCCAAAACUUACAUCUUCAACAAGAAGUAACCGAAUAUGAAGAACUCAAUCCCAUCUGACGUGUGGGAGAGGAAGAAGGCUUUGAUUGCCAAGUUAUACAAGGAUGAAGAAUGGCCUUUGAAGCAGGUCAUCAAGCAAAUUCGUUCCGAUGAUUUCAACCCAAGUGAGACUCAGCUGCGGAGUAGAUUGAAGAAGUGGAGGGUCACCAAGCCCUCUCGCCAGACACGCAAGAAAUCCGACGACAGCCAACAGGAGACUACCGGAGAUGACAGUGGUCAAGAAGAUGCAUCCCCAAAGGCCCAGUCUUCCACAGCCUCCCCCAAAGCACGCCCCCCUCUUCGCUCAGUCGCAUCAGACAUCUCUGUCACCGAACCGGAAUGGUACAUGGCCAAUAGUGCAUACACGCACCAUGAGGACCUGCCUACUACAGUUUGCCUUGAUGGACAAAACAUCUCCAAUGUGUGGGCCCCCAUGAUGAGCCCUUCCCAGAAGCAGCGGGAUCCUUCCCACGCCUCUUCCGUGAUGGUCCUUCCUAGCUCCAACUCAUAUGACUCACCGCACACGUCGCCAUUGAUGGACAGCAUGUUGGCCAACCAAACAUCAAGCAUGGCGUCGCCUUUCCAUGAUCCUUCCUUUGCUGUCACCACGGACUGCAUGCAAACACCCGCGACAACAGCUGGACCAAUCCAGUGGUCAAUUCCUCAGUGGUACUCGAUGCCUCUUGAGGCUGGCAGUCCAUUCUACACUGCGGCACCACUGAGCCCUCCUAUCGAUCCCGCCAUGCACCUGAUGACACCACACGCCCAGACACCGCCGCCUUCUAGUAUCGGGCGGCAACAUAUGGCCGACCUAAACGAGGGGCCUCAGUCAUGGAAGCGUGCUAUGUCUGCUCCAUAUGUUCAGGAUACCGCUGGCGGGCAUCCGAGAUUGGAUCAGAAGGGCUCGCAAACACGGCCACUUGACCGGAAGGCUUCUAUCCAACCGAAGUCGGCUGGUCAACCCGCCAUGGGGAUCGUGUCUCCGUCCGCUUUCUAUCCCCAUGGUCAACAUCCUGCUAUGUGUGCGCCCCUCUACCCGUAUCCUGGACCGGAGUCACUUGUGCACAGGCCUCAGAGCAUCGACUUUUAAGCAUUACCAGGAGCACGUCGCUUUAUUUGUGUGAAACUAAUAUUUUCUCAUACUGGACCCUUGGUUUGCAUGCAUUGGUCUAGUCACCUUGACACAUUUUUGAGGUUGAUCUAUUCUUCUCACUUGUAACUUUUUGCCUCUCG